AUGUAUGAAAAGCCGAAGAGAUACGUUCCGGGACCUGGCGAGCCUGCUUUGCCUCCGCAGCUGUCAGAAUUUCAAAAUAAAACUACCGACGAAGUGCUCGAUGAGCUGAAUCGUAUGCCGUUUUUCAUGAAAACACUAGACGAUACCGAUGGUGAAGGUGGCGAGAAUGUGAAACUGGAAGCGCUCAAAGCUUUAGCUUACGAUGGUGAGCCACACGAAGUUGCCGAAAAUUUCAAAAACCAAGGCAAUGACCUUUACAAAGUAAAACGCUAUCGCGAAGCUCGGGAACUUUACAACAAAGGUGUCGAAAUCGAAUGCAAUGUCGCCGGAAUCAAUGAAUCACUAUAUUCCAACCGUGCAGCUUGCGAACUGGAAUUGAACAACUUCAGGCGUUGCAUUAACGAUUGUAAGCUGGCCCUUCAAAUCAAUCCGCAAAAUAUCAAGUGUUACUAUCGUGUAGCCCGAGCAUUCCACAGUCUCGGUAAUUACGAUGAAGCCAAGCAAACCUUGGAAUUUGGACUGCAAUUGGACCCUGGAAAUGCAGCCCUGAAUGCUCUGCAAGCGAAAAUCAUACAACGUGAGGAAGAACGCAAAGCAUAUGAAGCUAACAAACUCAAAGAGCAAAAGGAAAGAGAACGUUUGAAAACCUUGCUAGACGCUUCUUUGAUUCUUCGAAACUUCAAAAACAUCGAUACUGUUAGCCCGCCAGAACUGCUUAACGAAGCAAAACUAUACUUGGAGGAUAAGCAAGACGUGCAGUCCCAGCUCAUAUUCCCAGCUAUGGUGUUCUAUCCCACAAGCGAUGAAUUCGAUUUCAUUGCGACGGUUGGAGAGCUAAGUACGCCAGAAGACCUUCUGGGCGUUCUACUGCAAAGGCCCAAAGAGUGGUUUGAUCAACCAAUUCACAAAGAUUUUACUCCCAAAAAGUUAGUCGGCUACAUGGAAACCGAAGCUGGGGGACUAAUAAAGAUAGGUAAGAAGGUGAAUUUUCAUGAAGUCUUGAAAAUGCAAAAACCUGUUGUUCCAUUGUUUGAUAGAUCCUUGAGAAUAUAUUUUGUCCCCAAAAAUCAAAGUGAAGACUGGCUAUCAAGGUGGGAUAAAACUGAGGCUUUAAAAAAACGUUAA